GUCUCACUCCAUAUCAGGGAAACAUUAUUGAACAGGAUGUAAUGAUUGACGGUCUCUUCAGUGGACUCUGAACCAAGGGUCUCUUCAUCCACGCUGUCACUUCAAAGUUGUUGUGAGUGAAUGCGCGUGGAUCGUUUCCUCUAUGGCGUCUCCAGUGCCGGACCAGAAUCUCUUCUCCCUGGACCGAUACCACGUCUCCACAGAACUGGGAUUCAUCCUGCCUGGACCUCUGGAUGAGCUUCCAGCUUACUUCCAGCCAUGGAUGGAUAUUGCCAGACGAAUCCCAGAGCUGGUGGACGCUCACCAGCUACGCUUCCAUGUGGACAGAAUGCCUCUUCUGAACAGCCAGUUCCUGAAGGGAUACAGAGAACUGCGCCUGGCUCACUUGGCGCUCGGGAUGAUGACCAUGGGCUACGUCUGGCAGGAGGGGGAGAACAAGACCGUUGAGGUUCUGCCUCGUCCUUUGGCUGUCCCAUACUGGGACGUGUCAGUGCGAUUGGGACUGCCCCCAAUUCUCACCCAUGCAGACGCAGUAUUGGCCAACUGGAGGAAGCGAGAUCGCGAGGGACCUUUCGAUAUAUCGAACCUGGAGAUGUUGUUUAGUCUGCCUGGUGGAGAAAGUGUGCAUGGUUUCUUCAUGGCUACAUUCUUAGUAGAGCUGUCAGCACUCCCUGGCCUCAAAAGCAUUCCCGCAGUGAUCAAUGGAGUCAGGCGUGGUGACAGUGAAGAGGUGGCUGCUGCUCUGGAGGAAGUCAGCAGAGCCCUGCAGAGCAUGACGGACACCUUGAAACUCCUACAUGUCUACGUGGACCCCGCUGUCUUCUAUGGCAUCAUGAGAAUCUUCCUCUCUGGGUGGAAAGACAACCCCUGCAUGCCAAAGGGUCUAGUGUAUGAGGGCGUCCAGGAGGAGCCGAUGGAGUUCUCUGGAGGAAGCGCAGCAGAGAGCAGCCUGCUACACUGUUUUGAUGAACUCUUGGGUGUCAAGCAUCAUGCCAAAGGAGGUGGAGACUUCCUCCUGCGGAUGAGGGACUACAUGCCUCCAGCACACAAGCAACUGGUGCAGGACAUCUCAGCACAGCCGUCUCUCAAGAGAUUCGUCCAGGAGCAAAGCAGCGAGAGACUCACCCAGACCUUCCAGCUCUGUCUCACCAAACUCCUGGCCUUCCGCAGUUAUCACAUCAAUGUCGUCAGUCGCUUCAUCACAGUUCCUGCCGCUCGUGCCCGACAACUCAGAGACAAAAAGAGCCCCGAUGACGAAGGGGAGAUGGUGACUAAAGCGCCCACUGCGCUGGAGGAGAGGGGCACCGGAGGCUCGGGGAUAAUGGUGUUUUUGAAGACUGUGAGGGAUGAGACAAGAAAAAGUUUGCUCUCUGACAACAGUGAAGAGAAGCACCAGGCUGAUGAGUCAUGGUGACCCCCUCUGACCACAUCAGUCUAUUUAUAAGAAAGUCAAUUAAAGCACGCUGCUUAAAGGGAAAGUGAUCGACCAUAUCACCGGCAUGUUGCUUUUCAAUUUAACCCCAAAUUUAUCUGAUAUGAGUCUCUCUUUUCAGUUGGAAUACCAAUGGAACAGCCUUCAAUGGCCCCAUAAAUGAGCAACAAGGAAACAACUUUAAUCCCAGUCUGACUUCGAAGUGAAGUGACAGCUGGCUUUGGUCACAACUACUGAGCAUCUCACUCAAGAAUUUUCAGGAGACUUUGACAACUUUCAAGCAACAAGAUGAUUUGUGAAAACCCUGUAACUAUUGUUACUGAAUUUAUCCAAGUCUUGCAACACCACCAAAUUUCAAACAAGAUUCCCCACCAAUCUAGAUGGUGAAAAACAGACCCCUCAAAUUUUGAUCUCAGGUCAUAGGGUGAGAUUUGACGGCUUGCGACCUGAUGGGUAAUGGUUCAACGACGGUGGCAUGUGUUCCAGACUUUUGGCUGUAAUCACUUAUAAAGGUGUAUUGUAUUAUUGUAGUGUUGGGAAAUUGGGAAUUAGCAUAACUGAAGAGAGACUGAGAAAAGUAAACUCAUGAAUAUACAUACACAGAUCUUCAGCUAGUCCGCUUAGUCCUCUUCAGGGUUAAAGACAUGUUUAACUGGGUUUAAGUAACCUGUAGAAGUCAAAUGACACAUUUAAGGGCUCUGGAUAUUAAAGAACUUGAAGCAACUUUUAAAAAGAUGAGGUUCAUGAAUCCAUGUAAUAGGAGACUUGCUUUAUGUCCUGUAUAGGCCACUGUAGUCUGCGGGGGGACCGUGAGCAGUGAGGAGUGUUAUUGAGCUACUUCCUGCUUAGUAGAACAAACAAAUGUGGAGGAAUAUGUUUCAUUCACAGACUACGCUAUAACCUUUUCCCCCCGGUCAGCUUGGCGUCUCUAUGUGUGUCAGUCGCUGUUCCCUACCCAUUGGUCAUUAUUUGAGCAAUAAUGCGCGACUUUGACAGAAAAAAAUGUGAGGAAAAGAAAGAGACUGGCUCCUAAACAUGAGCUGGUUCUUCCUUACUUUAUGUUCUGUGUAUGGCGGUGUCACUCAGCGGAUGAUUUUUUGUGCAUGACAAACACAGCUUGCAUGUGAAAUGGUUCGCUUGCAAGAACACAGAGCCCUGCUAAAUAAGAAAAAUGUCAGUGAAAGUUGACCCCGUCUGCUCAGGCCAGUUGUACCAACUUCACAAAACAAAGCAUGAAGGGGAAAAAAGGAUGUAAUUAGGACCAAAGAUAGCCGCCCUGCCAUUUGUUUUGUAGCUUGAUGUUCAACAUUGUUCGGUUGCCAGCAUGAUAGCAGUGAGUCCAACCUGAUAUGUUGCUAGAAAACACUCAACACAUUGGCAAACUGAAUCUGAACUCUGUGCCAGGAAAAUCCUUGUACCUCACCUGCUCGGCUUGGCUUGCGUCAUUAGCAUUUUUCUGUAAUUGGGCUGUUAUUUUUGACCGUAUUACAGUUAAACACCAGCGUGCAUCAUCAUUCUGGAAUGAUCGCUAUCGUACGGACACUGCUGUCUAAAUAUAAUCGGUUACUAGAAAAGAAUGAGGAUGAAAAUGCUUGGCUUGUGACAUCGUGUUGAGUUUAUCAUCACCAGAACAAAACUGUCUGCUGCUAACAUGAACAUUGGUGCAUAGUGGUUUUCUGCAUGAAGGAAUAAAUCUUUAGGCCUCUUGAUCAAAACUAGAUUUUCAGAUGUUUUCUUGUUUUCCAACUGAAAAAUGACUGAAAUCUCUUCCAACACCACCGUGGGGCAGGCUGGAGCAGCAGAGCAUGUUGACUUAGCAAACCAGUGUAAGAUGUAAGUUGGAGAAAGUCACUGAUCUUAAUCCUUCUUCCCACAAAAUAAUCUUUUCCUUUCAUCACUUAUGUCAUUUUGCAAUGUGUUGAAAUCUCUCAGACACCCAGAUGUUGUCGGAUAAAAUAUCAACAUGCAGGAACGCGGCCUUCUCAUCUCUUAAAAUGAUCAGUCUUUGUUGCUGCUUUUAUAUUCCAACUGUACAUCUUCUCAAUGAGCUUGUCAUGUGGAAGGACAAAGCACAAUUGAGUGCAGGGAUGCAUCACUUAUCAGAAUGGUUACCUCAGCACUCCUGCAAGCCAACAGCCCACAUCCAGCCCUCACAUGCCCCAAAACACUUCCUGGAGUGAGAGUGCGGAAAAUCCGGCAGCGA